UACGAGAAUCCGCGAGAAUUCCAGAUCCGGUCACGUGAGACCAGCACCAUUUCCUUUGGUCUGCAAUUUCCUGUCCGAAGUGUAUCGCGUAUAAAAGUUGUUUGAGCAUCGACGCUGGCAUGCCCCGUCCAUCGCCGUUAAAGCCUGGGGCAGCAUGAAACGGUCCGCAGCAGCCAUGGCAGACGCCAGUGGGGACGAGGAAGGCCCCAAGGCAGCCGGCGGGGAGUGCCAAGAGAUAGUGAUAGAUGGAGCGACCAUGCUGGAGGCCGUGGAGGCCAUAGUGUCCUCCGAGGGAUCCUCCACCAACAUGGUCAUCCAGGACAGUGCGACUGGCCAGAUCUUCGGCCAGCUCCAGGAGGGGUCUCACGUAGGAGUCAUUGCUCAGCACAUGGACAUCACAGAGCCACUGACGUCUUUGAAAAGCUUGUUGGAACAGCGCUUGGCAGUGAGCCUUCACGACUACGCCUUUUUUCUGCAGGACACUCAAGAGCUGAAUGCAAGCAAAAACUUGGUGGAUCAGUGUGUCCAGGGCGAGGGGCUCGUUCAAGUGAACGUCGAAAUUAUCAACAAGGACGGUGUCAGGAAGAUCAACAUUGUCGACGUCCUCAAACCAGCCGAGGAGAUACUCACGGUUUCCCCAAAUACGGUCCAGCAAGAGCUGAUAGGAGAGCCUCCGGUGGUCCGCAAGGUAGUUUUGCCAGAAAACGAGGAACCCGAGAAUGUCACCCGGUGGAUUGUGUCCAGUGAAUUCAAGAAAGAGCAAGAGAAGCACAAGAUACCUGCCGUUUCUCUGUUGAGCCACGAGAAAGGGGCCGCCAGCCCCGAACCAGAGAGUGAAGACUCAGCGUCCCCACCGGCCAAGUGUUCCCGUCUGCCCAAGGAGACUGCGCAGGUGAUACAAAUCAUCAGAGCUGGCAGCAGUUCAUCACAGUCCCCAGCACCCCCUGCAACAGACAACUUCCACUGGCCGAGAGACGCUGUUGUGAUGCUGAUUACGCACUGUCAGGAUGAGGAGAGGAAAGAGGGCUUUCACACCUUCACCAAGGCAUUUUGGAGCAAGAUUUCUUCGGAACUAAAAGACAGGGGCUAUAGUGUGAAUGCCAAGCAGAUUGAGAACAAGUGGAAAAACCUGAAGAAGACUUACAAGGCAGUGAAGGAAGGCAGAAGGGAAGAUCAUGCAGGGAGGGACCACAGUGCCUCCAGCAGCAGUGGCCGGAAGACUUGGGCCUACUUUGAGUUGAUGGACAGCUUCUAUGGCCGCAAAUCGGAACAAGACUUUCCGAUGAUGAUCACGAUUCCCGGAGGCCUCAGGGUGAUGAGGCCGUCCAAGGAAAUCCAGGAGCCAGAGAGCCCAGGAAGCAGUCAUGGAGGCGUCACGUUGCGCUCGCACAAGAAGAGGAGACUCCUCCAGAUUGAGGAGUACCUCGAGAAGAAGGUCAAGAUCGAGGAAGGGAAGCUGAAGCAGUUCACGCGCUUCAACGACCUCUUCGAGAGGUUCCUCGAGCAGGCAGACUUCGACUGACAACUGCACCGACGCCUGCUGUCGAGCUCGUCGGCGGUUCUCUCAGCAGCCUUGCCCACUUCGUUUUCGUGCUCGUUCCUGCGAGUUCAUGUUUUCCAAACGACUGAUUCACUUCGUCGGGGCUUAGAUCCUUGGGUUUCAACACGCUUUUGGGUAUAGUUUCAGCAGACAUUUGGGAUAACACACUUUGAUGGAGCCUCUUUUUUUUUUGUGUGUGUGCUUUAGGUAUGGGGAUGGGAGACUGCACCUUUCAUAGCAAUUUACCCAUGCCCCAUGUUGCCUAGAGCGGCAUUGUGCAAGUCAUUGUCUUGUCUAGCCAAACAUUGUGAUUUUUGCAGCUUUGUAAUUUUUAUUUUCAUUGAGCAUUAAUUUCUAACUUCACUCUCAUACAUUCAUAUAAAAAAAAAUUAUGGUUUCCUGAAAAUUUUUUUGAUCAAAACUGCCUUCCUUUGUAUGCAUGCUGGAAGGGCUCACUGCACCAUAUUUGGGGUUUGUUUCAUUUGUUAACUUGACAAAUGCGCUUGUGCAAGAAAAUCGUUACACAUACCUUAAAGCUUCGAGAGAACGUCCACCCCCGAGAGAUUGCUUAUCCAUUUUUCUGGCGAAAUAUCUGUAACAUAAAAAAUUAAAAAAACAUCGCCACCCCCGAUUCCCGUUGGCAGUCACGCGAUGAUUGACGGCAAUCAGAUCCCCCGCGCGAUCUGCUGUUUUGGUACAUCUGAUAAGCGAAUUCAUAGCAGGUUCCCGUGUUUUCGUCCGCGAUUUGUGCGUGCGAUAUCGGCUCCUGUAACACGCGAGUUGUUGCCACAUGUAUAUUUCAUUAUAAAAUGCGAAUCUGCUGCAUCUGCGGUAUUCGUUCCUGUGUUGUAAGAGUUUGUUGUGGAUUCACGCGUUUUUGUUUGCUAUCUGCACUUGCGAAAUCUGUUCCCGUGACAGGCUAGUUUGUAGGGGGUUCCCGCGGGUUUAUUGCACCAUAAAACUUGCAUCUGCUGCAUCCGCAAUUUGCAGUGUUCGUUGCAGUGAUAUGGGAGUUCUCGGUGGGUUUUCGCAAAUCCUUCACACGAUAAAACACGAAUUUGCUGCAUCCACAACCAGGAGUGUGUAGCGAAUUCCCGUGCGUUUAUAGCAUCGUGAAACGCGAAUUUACGGUGUCCGCAAUCUGGAGUAUCGGUUCCCGCAUCACGUGGUUUGUAGUGGGUGUCCCAAUUUUUAUCAUUAAUUUUAAUGCGAAAGCAUCAAGUCUCGCGGAGUGAGCCGACGUCAUCACACUAAAGUGCGAAAACGACACCUUAAAUCCUUUCUUUAAAGGGGCCCUGCAAGGACGUUUUUUACUGGUUUUUAACUUGUACCGAACCUGAGCGCGCUGAACGUAGUAACUUAGUGAAACUUAUCUCUCCUCGAAAUUCGCUUUAUUUUAAAAGUUAUAGGCAAAUUAGAAUUACAAAAACAAGCAAAAAAUAACCUCCCUCAUGACGUCCUUGGUUGCUUGAGUGGCCGUGAACUAGAGGAGGGGUAGUGAGAUAUGCGAGCGCUCACGGCUGCCGCACUCCGUGUCGACGGCGCGAGAGGGCGCCACUAAACCAUAUUCUGAAUAGGCUGUAUGCAGUGGGCAGCCAGAGUAGCUUUCAUUGCAUUUGCUGCGCGAUUAAACGCUAAUUCGGCAUAACACUUCAUUGACCACAAACGACAGCAAACACGGGGUAAAGAUCAGUUCAGAAUGGGAGCUACUUCGCGCUGCCAUACUGCGAAACAACCAAACCACAAGACGAAGCUUCUCGCCGAAGGCCUUUGGAAUGCUCGGAGCCGGUCGGAUCCUCCAGUCCCUACGACUACAGCGCCGCGGCGUACAUCCGAGACCUUUCCGUGUCGGCACCUGAUCCCACUACUUCUUUCUAGUAUGCGCCGCCUUUUCCACCGCUUGGUGGUGGGUAUGUCGACGGGUCAUUUUUUGUUUCCGUACUUUAUCAACUGCAUUCAUUUCUUUUCUGAUCUAAAAUACUGAACAAAAACUACUUUUAGAAAUAAUUGAAAUGGUUUGCGCCACUUAUAUUUUGUAUAUCGACCAAAAAGAAGCUUUUAGCAGCCCUGACCAGUAGUAAGCCCAGGACCAAAUACCACGGGUUGCGUUCGUCGGUGGAGGAGGUUUCCGCGUCGUCCGGUUAAAAUAUGACGCACUGAUAUUUAGCUACUCUCUCCGUGCCUGCUGGCUUGCUCGAACCCCAAGAGACAUGGUAACUGCAAAAAAGGUAGACGCUUAAAUAUGAUUGCAGGGCCCCUUUAAGUGUAGCCAGCUCCCAGCUAUGAAACCCCAUGAAAAGCCGAGACAUGGCACCUAGUUUCCCUGAUCCCAGAGGAACAAAGUAAAGCUGAUGAAUUUUUGGCUUCAGUCCAAUUGGCUGGCGUGCGUCGACGAGGCUCCCAUUGGCCACUGCGCGUCAGUUUGAACGAUUGCUCACCGAAUGGCUCUGUGUGACCACGAGGCAGCAGCUCCACCGUUCCACGCCCAAGGUCAGCACGUUGUACGCCGCAGACUAAAGAAGGGAGCAAAGAGUGGUGUGCGUGCUUUCGCAUUCACAACUCAUAAGAAGUGCUUAGGUGUACCUCGAGCCUUUUUUUUUGAUAAAGUUUUGCUGUGGCAUCCCCAGAAAUAGCCCACCCCAUGUUUUUCAUAAUUCAUCUCUUAAUUUUUGGGUGGGCGUUCUUUUGAAACUUUACAGUAUAUGUUUCUAGCAGGGUUCCUAUAAGUCAUUAGAAAUCCUGAAAACACUUGGAAGCCCAUGAACUUCAGCCAUAAAAUGUGCUUUAUUGAUAAGGGAUUGGGCUGCACGAGGAAGAAAUAAUGAAACUCAAAAGCUGUAAUCAACUUUUUGGCUACUUUGGUGGAUGAUGCGAAAAACAGAAGUAGCAAGUAACUUCACCUAUUAUAUUUGUAUGUCAAACAGCUUUGUGGAAACUGCACGGUAUUAAUAAAAAUAUUUAUAAGUGCGUGAGCUGCAUUAAAGUUUCCAGUAGAUUCCACAUCAGAAGGCUUCUUUUCACUGUUGUGCAGCAAAAUAUCCUUUGACACAAAGUCAUUAAAAUGAAGAGCUUACAAGUUCUGGGACCUUGAGAAUCUGUCUGUGGUGUUGUUAAAUGCCCUCUAAAACCAAUGAAGUUUUUCUUUUUUUAGCAUGUGGUUUUUUUCUUUAUGUGUUGUUUUUUCAUUGCUUUGUAUAUCUGUGGUCAUGGUCAUUGAUAAAGAAACAAUGGUUUCAAUAAACUCAAGAAUUGCAUGGUC